CAUGCGCAGCACCCGCCACCGCAGCACACCAUCUCUUUUCUUUGUCAUUUCUUUUUGAAUUGUGCCGUCAUCCACAAUCGCCCAUACCGAAGCCAUAAUGUCUAUUUGGGACGCUUUCACAGGCAAAAAAUCAUCGAGGCAACAGGCUGAACCCACUCCGAACACCUCAACCUCACAAUCCACAUCAUCCUCCAGCACCUACCUCCCUACAACUUACAAUCCGGCCUCGGCGACCGAUGUGUCAUCAUUCCUUGGUAGCGCCUCUCUUCCAGAUGCCAGCCAACUCCAUCCCUUGGCAGGCCUCAACCAGCAGACAUUAGACUACCUGUCACUUGACGAGUCACAACUCUCAGAUCUGCCUGGUGGAAGAUCGAUAUUACCCUCGCGUGGCUGGUCAGAUGAUCUGUGUUACGGAACCGGCGUCACAUACCUCACUGCAUUGACAAUAGGAGGAACAUGGGGUUUGAUUGAAGGUUUAAAUCGAGUUCCGGCCUCAGCCCCUCCCAAGCUGAGGUUGAACGGUGUAUUGAACAGCAUCACACGUCGCGGGCCCUUCCUGGGCAAUUCAGCUGGUGUGGUUGCCAUGGUAUACAACGGUUUCAACUCGACAAUCGGAUAUUACCGAGGGAAGCAUGAUGCGGCAAACAGUAUUGUGGCCGGCGCAUUAAGUGGCAUGCUUUUCAAGAGUACCAGAGGGUUGAAGCCAAUGGCCAUCUCUGGCGGAAUUGUUGCCUCUAUUGCAGGCGCUUGGGCGUUGACUCGAAAAGUCCUGUUCGAACCUCCCGAACAACAAGAGAUUAUUGGAACUGCUGCCGCCCCGGCGCACCUUUAAAUUCACUCGAGUCUCCCCAGUCCUACGACUUUGCUUCGCAGAGUCCAUCUUCAACUUCGAGCCAAUCUCGAUCGUGUACAAAACUUUACCAGCACCACUUCGUUUGUGCGUUGCUAGACAUCUUCUACCAUCAGAAUCCGGCCUUUUCGCCGCAAUGACCCUCUACUCUAGGAUGUGAUUAGCAUAGCGGGAUUCCAGAUUUGUUCGAAAGGCGUUGUCGGGGCGUGGCACCGUAUACCACACGGGAACUUCGGGCCUGACAUUGGAAACAAGACUCCGUGGGGGCAGUCUGUUCCAGAGUGUGUCCCAUCAGUACGAUGAUUGCGUCGAAUCAGGCGCAUAAUUCAAGUCUGAUGACGAGAACUCUCCUCAUUUGGACGGCAAGCGUUAUAUUUUUGGCUUUCGCUGUUACGUCUGCCACAGAUUAUCAGUAUAUACGAGGAAGCAGAGUUUGACCGGUCCGUUCCUUUUAGCCAGUGAAAACGCCCAAUAUGAAUACUGUACACUGUGUCACAUAGA